AUGUCUCUAUUUGAAUUAAAAUUUGGAAAGAAGAAGUUGAAAGAGGAAGAGAGACAACUUCAAGCAAACAACCGGGAUUUUAAUCUGCAGUUUGAAUAUGCUAACAAUUCAAUUAAAACAUCGAAAUACAAUUUCUUCACUUUCCUGCCUCUCAACCUGUUUGAACAGUUUCAGCGAAUAGCCAAUGCCUACUUUCUUUUCUUGCUGAUUUUGCAGUUGAUUCCCCAGAUUUCCUCACUGGCCUGGUUUACAACAGUGGUGCCCCUGGUGCUGGUGCUGGCUGUGUCAGGCGUAAAAGAUGCCAUCGAUGAUUUUAAUCGACACAAAAGCGACAAACACGUCAACAACCGCCCGGUCCAGGUCCUGAUCAAUGGCAUGUUAAAGGAACAAAAAUGGAUGAAUGUCCAAGUGGGGGAUAUAAUAAAACUAGAAAACAACAACUUUGUGACGGCUGAUCUACUGUUACUCUCAAGCAGUGAACCGCACAGCCUGACGUACAUCGAGACAGCUGAGCUGGAUGGUGAAACAAACCUGAAGGUGAAGCAGGCACUGACAGUCACUGCAGAGCUUGGAGAAGAUCUUCAGAAGCUGACGGAGUUUAAUGGUGAAGUCAGAUGUGAAGCACCAAAUAACAAACUGGAUAAAUUCACAGGCACUCUUACUCUUCGGGGAGAAAAGUAUGCCCUGGACAAUGAGAAGAUGUUGCUGAGGGGCUGUACUAUCAGGAACACAGAGUGGUGCUUUGGACUUGUUAUUUAUGCUGGGCCAGACACCAAACUAAUGCAGAACAGUGGAAAAACAACUUUUAAACGAACAAGCAUCGAUCGGCUCAUGAAUGUCCUUGUGUUGGUGAUUUUUGCAUUUUUAGGACUGAUGUGUCUCAUCCUAGCCAUUGGCAAUGGCAUCUGGGAGCAUGAUAAGGGCUACUACUUCCAGGUAUAUCUGCCCUGGGCAGAAGGUGUCAACUCUGCCUCCUACUCCGGUUUCCUCAUGUUUUGGUCAUAUGUGAUCAUUCUAAACACAGUGGUACCAAUUUCACUCUAUGUCAGUGUAGAGAUUAUACGGUUGGGUAACAGUUUCUACAUCGACUGGGACCGUAAAAUGUAUUAUCCACUGAAUGAUACACCGGCUCAGGCUCGAACCACUACACUCAAUGAAGAACUGGGACAGAUCAAGUACAUCUUCUCAGACAAAACAGGAACUCUCACUCAGAACAUCAUGUGUUUCAACAAGUGCUCCAUCAAUGGCAAAUCCUACGGUGAUGUGUAUGAUAUGUCUGGGCAAAGGGUAGAAAUAAAUGAGAACACAGAGAAGGUUGAUUUCUCAUACAACCCGCUGGCUGACCCAAAGUUUGCAUUCUAUGACCAUAGCCUGGUUGAAGCUGUGAAGCUGAAUGAUGUCCCGACACACAGGUUCUUCCGGCUGCUCUCACUUUGUCACACAGUGAUGCCAGAAGAGAAGAAGGAAGGUAGCUUGGUGUAUCAGGCCCAAUCUCCUGACGAGGGAGCCCUUGUCACUGCUGCUAGAAACUUUGGAUUCGUGUUCCGGGCUCGCACACCAGAGACCAUCACUGUUGUGGAAAUGGGAGAAACAAAAGUCUACAAACUUCUGGCUAUUCUUGAUUUCAACAAUGUUCGCAAGCGAAUGUCUGUGAUUGUGCAGAGUCCAGAAGGUGACUUGACUUUGUACUGCAAGGGGGCCGACACCAUUCUUUAUGAACUGCUUAAUUCGUCCUGCGAAUCUCUCAAAGAGGAAACCACAGAACACCUGAAUGAGUUUGCUGGAGAAGGUCUGAGGACACUUGUGGUGGCCUAUAAAAACUUGGAGAAAGACUAUUUCCAGGAUUGGAUCAGGCGCCACCAUGAAGCAAGCACUGCCUUGGAAGGACGGGAAGAAAAACUAUCAGAGUUAUAUGAAGAGAUUGAAAAAGACCUAAUGCUGUUAGGUGCCACAGCAAUUGAGGACAAGCUACAGGAUGGAGUCCCACAGACAAUUGAGACUCUUGCCAAAGCCAACAUCAAGAUAUGGGUUCUCACUGGAGAUAAGCAAGAGACAGCAGUGAAUAUUGGUUACUCCUGCAACUUGCUGAACGAUGACAUGGAAGAUGUUUUCAUUAUUGACGGCAGCACAUCUGAUGACGUCCUGAACGAGCUGAGGAAUGCAAGGAAAAAGAUGAAGCCAGACUCCUUUCUGGACAGUGAUGAAAUCAACAUUCAGUUUGAAAAAUCUUCAAAAAAACCAAAAAUUAUACCUGAUGAGCAAGCAAAUGGGGUGUAUGGUCUGGUUAUCACUGGCCACAGCCUGGCUUAUGCACUGGAAGGGAAUCUGGAGCUGGAGCUAGUGAGAACUGCCUGCAUGUGCAAAGUGGUGAUCUGCUGCCGGGUGACUCCCCUGCAGAAGGCCCAGGUGGUGGAGCUGGUGAAGAAGUACAAGAAGGCUGUGACCCUGGCAAUUGGAGACGGCGCUAACGAUGUCAGCAUGAUCAAAACUGCCCACAUUGGGGUUGGUAUCAGUGGCCAGGAGGGGAUGCAGGCGGUCUUGUCCAGUGACUUCUCCUUUGCCCAGUUCCGUUACCUGCAGCGCCUGCUCUUGGUCCAUGGCCGGUGGUCCUACAUCCGCAUGUGCAAGUUCCUAAAAUACUUCUUCUAUAAGAAUUUUGCCUUCACCUUAGUGCAUUUCUGGUAUGGCUUCUUCUCUGGCUUCUCAGCACAGACCGUCUAUGAUGAGUGGUUCAUUACACUUUACAAUUUGGUAUAUACCUCCCUUCCAGUGCUAGGAAUGAGUCUCUUCGAUCAGGAUGUGGAUGAUCGUUGGAGCAUGCUGUUUCCUCAGCUGUAUGUGCCUGGCCAGCAAAACCUCUAUUUUAACAAAGUGGUGUUUGUCAAGUGCAUGUUGCAAGGGAUCUACAGUUCCCUCAUCCUCUUCUUCAUCCCCUAUGGGGCCAUGUACAAUACAAUGAGGAGUGAUGGGAAGGCCAUUGCUGACUACCAGUCCUUUGCUCUGAUGGCCCAGACCUGCUUACUGAUUGUGGUGUCUGUACAGAUUGGCUUGGACACCUCUUACUGGACAGUUGUGAACCAGUUCUUCAUCUGGGGAAGCCUUUCUGUUUAUUUUGCUAUCACCUUCACCAUGUAUAGUGAUGGCAUGUAUCUGAUCUUCACAGCCUCCUUUCCCUUCGUUGGUACGGCUCGAAACACCCUCAGCCAACCGAAUGUGUGGCUAGCAAUCUUCCUCAGCAUCACCCUCUGCGUGCUGCCUGUGGUUGGCUUUCGAUUCCUGAAGACUCAGUUAAAGCCAACACCCAGUGAUAAAGUCCUACUCAAGAUCAAGGAAGCCAAAAAGCGGCCCCCUCCGCCCUCACCCAAGAGACGGCUGCGUCGGACCAGCACCCGCCGCUCUGGCUAUGCCUUCUCUCAUCAGCACGGCUUUGGAGCGCUCAUUAUGUCCGGCAGAAACAUGCGGCCAAAAUCACCUUUUGCCACAACAGGAACAUUUUCACCAAACAGUGACAAAUAUAAACACAAAGGAUUAGCAGUGCAGCCUCAGCCCUUCCGCUGCUUUGACAGCUCGGCUGAGGCCGGGCUGGUGCACCGCAUUCCCGCCUGGCAGAUGGUCUGGGCGCAGCUGGUAGAGGGACUACCUGCUUUUGGGGGUAGUGGGGAUCCCUGUCUUUGCGGCGUAUCUGCUGUGGUGAGAGUGAAGAAAACUGCGAGCAGUAGUUUGUGUGUCGAGGAAAACCACGAGGAGUCUCCACUUUAUGGGUGGGGUGCUGCCGGCAGACACUCCCUGCAGCACGGCUCGCUGAUCCCUGAGCCGGCACGGGGACAAGCUGGUUUUGCUCUGGAUUAUCGCUGGCUCUGCAUGCUGUAUUCUUCCUGCUGCUCUCAUGCCAUUGCUGCUGCACUCGGCUUCCAGCUGCGGUGA